AUGUCUACCAUCCACGUCUUGAACACUACGACACACGACAAUACAACACACGACACUACAACACAUGCACUCCCAUCCACCAUGUUGUCCAGCAUGCCCCAUUCUCCACCCCGCAAGCCCCGGGCCACGGUCGCCUGUGGCAGCUGUCGCUUCCGCAAGGUCAAGUGCAGCGGCGUCCGGAAUCCCGCCCGUGAUGAUUGUGUCGACGACGACGGUCGCGUUGGGCCGGCCUGUACGCAGUGUGCGCAUCUCGGCUUGACCUGUGCGUUUGCGCCGCCUAUUGCGAAACGCCGGGCGGGAACAAGAGGCGCGCGGGUCCAACAGCUGAAGCAGGCGGCACCGCCCACAACGCGCUAUCCAGAGCUUCGGUCGCGAUCGCCAACAGAGACGACGGUCGACACGACCUUGCGAGACUGUUGCAGGUCUCCCCCGUCGCCCAGUUCUCCAUGUUCUCCCAGUCCCCCCGGCCACCUCCCGUACUCUGCGUCCUUCUUUCUCUCACUGGUUGCCGACUACGAACAGGUCGUCUACCCUGUCAACCCCAUCAUCACGCCGGCCGAGAUCCGCGAUGCCGUCGCAGCGAUGCACGCAGCCGACGACGACGCCGCGCUCGUCUACUCGUUUGCCGCCAUUACGAUGAUCUUUAUUCAGACGGGGCGUACGCAUACCCUGGGUCCUGCUGGCUCGCCUAUACGCCCUGUCGCCGUACCCACACCCACACCCACACCCACACAGACAGGAACACUGCCUGCGUCGCCUGCCCUCAUGUCCGACCUCAUGCAGCGCGGCCUGCUGGCCCACCGCGCAUCCGAGACCGCGCUGUCCACCUGUGCCACGCUGGGCGACCUCCGCGCCACCGUCAAGCGCAUCAUGACCUGCGUCUUUCUGGAGAUGAGCAUGAUCUCGACGCGCCUGUUUGACCGCGGCUUUGUCAUGCUCCGCGAGGCCAUUGCCCUGCUGCAGACCCUCAAGCUGCCCAGCAGCACACCCGCCUACGAGAUCGCCCGCUGCCAGCGGCUCUACUGGGAAUGCUUCCUGCACGAGCGGUACCUCUACAUCGUGUCCGGCCGACGGCCGUCGGUGCUGCCACCGCUGUUGUCGGGCCGGCCGCGGGCGGACCCGACGAUCCCGGCCCACGUGGACGCCGGGUUUGGGCGUCUCAUCGACUUGUUUUGCGUCCUGGACGACACCUUUUUGCAGUACUGGACCGAGGACACCGAAGGCAACGGCGACGACGGCGACGACGGCGACAGCGGCGCCGCACCGCUCUGUCCGUGGCGGGCCACGCCGCCGCCGAUGACGGCCGCCUGGGUCGAGCGCAAACAGGCGGAGCUCGACGCGGAGGAACAAAAGGACGAGGCAAGGAGCACGGCCGCCACGCUGUCCGAGCUGCAGCACGUCGACAUCUUCAUCACGCGGCUGUGGCUGCGCACGCUCGUGUGGCAGCUCGCCCUGGCCCGCGGCCUGCUGCGGUCGGCGCCGCCCACCACCGCCCACGAGGGCCUAUCGCUACACUUCCCGGCCGACCGCCUGUCGGCGCAGCUGCGCGGGCUCGUCGGCCGCCUCGAGAGCGCCGCCAGCAUCGCCACCCACGGCAGCGGCAUCCUGACCAAGCUGUUUGAGAUUACGACCACCAUUGCGGACGUCCUGCUGCUGGGCGAUGCGGGCCGCCCAGGGCGCGACCGGCUGGACGACCUGGUGUUUUUGGUGCGCUUCCUGUUCCGCUUCGACAAGCUGCGGCCCGACGAGCGCGCGUAA